UCUCAAGCAGCUCCUGGAAGCAGCGCCAUGGCUCUCCUUCAGCUCCUAUGCAGAGGCGCGGCCAGGCGGUUCUGCGCACUGCCCCAUCCGCAGGCGCCGUCCUCAGAGCUCCCGUUGGCUGUGGUUGCUGGCCAAUGGGAGCUGUGAGGGUGGUGCUUGGCUUGAGGGCAGCAUGUGGAGUCCCCAGGCUGCCCCUAUGCGUAGGCGCCAGAGGGGGGACAUGCCGCGGCUUCGGGGAACCGCAUGGAGCCACAGCAUGUGGGGAGCGGGGCAAGCCCCUGACCCCGCUCCCCAGCAGCAGCUUGAGGGCCAGAUUAAAACGUCUAGAGGGCAGGAUGCGGCCCCUGGGCCGUAGUUUGCCACCCCUGCUCUAAAAGCAUGUACCAAUGUAGAACAAACAGUAGGGCAGGUGAGGGAUACAGCUUGGACAAUUACACGGGUGAUUUCUAUAGCUGUUUUCCCCCACCCUUCUCAUUCCACUCCAGAGAUGGCUGCAUUUCAGUGGUGGUUUAAGGGCUUGCGUACACAUGAUACAGCUGUUCCUGAAGAGUGCCAGGUGCUGAAUACUCCUAUUCCAGAACAAGAGUGCCUUGUUCCUGUGUAGCUAAACCCAGAGGUUAAGCUAAACAGGGACAAAACACUUAUUCUGGAAUAAGAAUCAGGGCAUGGAGUUAUUCAGGAAUCAGCCCUAGUUAAUGUGUCAGGGAGCUGGGCUCUCUGGGAGUGCUUACCACUUGCCGUCCUCUGGGAAGAAAGUUGCAAUAGAAACUCUAAGGUGAAAGCCGUCUCCAGACUUGUAAAAGCAGACAGGGCAGCUGGAUUUCAAGGCCAGAGAGGAUCAGUAUAUGGUUCUGUAGCAUAGCGCAGACCAGAAAAUCUCACCUGUGAUGGUCAGGAAAUCUUUUAACUUUGUUUUCAGUCAGUUCUUCUUGUCCCGAUUUUGGGUUUUAAUUAAAAAAAAAAUAGCCAAGGUUUUGGCCAAAAUGAAGUUUUCAAGGUCGGGGGUGUGAGGGCAGGGGAGGGGAAGUGUUGUCUGCUCGGUUUCCCGUCACUUUUACCAAAACAAAUCUUGAACGAAACACGUCAACCUGUUCCAAUCAAACACCGCCACUUCUGGAGCCACUCGAGCGGGUCUCCUAGAGACAUCCCGUCUCGCUGUAACGACGCCAAGGGUUUCUCUGCAACGCGUUGUCACUUUGAGCUAUAACUGGGGGUUUGCCCUAACCCGACUCCCAUCCGCACACAAAUCACUCACUUGAGUUGUAAGGAGGUGCGUUAGAUGUGAGCUCGGCGGCCCACGGGCUGGCGUGGGAGGAGCGAGGAGGUUGGCGCUCAAGUGACGAAUGCAGGAGGGUUGUGGCAGCUUGAGUUUAGAAGCCAUGGGGUUAGAAGGGACCCGAACCCCUGCCCAGAUGUAGGAUUCCUGGUUUAGCUCGGAUGGGAAGCAUUCUGCCCUGAGCUAGGGAAGAUCAAGUGGACUAAUUGAUGUUAUCUGUUGCAGUGAAGACGCGUCCCGAGUGAUGGAGAAGCCAGGCCUUUCUUUCUGGCAUAGCCUCUUCCCAUGUCACUGAGCGGCGGGGACACAGAACGCCGGCGGCAGCAUUUUCCAUCGCGAGUAUCCGGGUAUUGACCUGGCUUCCUUGAGGACUGUCUGGGGCUGGCAUGGAAGGGACAGCUGCCUCCUGCAGUGCUGUGCUCAGCUCCGCAUCUGUCACCUAAGGGGCAGCGCCUCUUGCUCUGUGAACAAAGAUGUGAAGAGAAGACCAUGCGCCCACUGGCUGGGAUAUGCGUAGCUUUGUGCGUGGUGAUCGUGGGACUGGCAGAGGGGGACGACCCCUGUCUUGUCACCGCCGACAAAAAAAUUGCCACAUGCAAAGGUCAGAACCUGAACCGCGUUCCCCAGCACCUUCCCCGCACCCUGCUGAGGCUGGAUCUCUCGUAUAACAGGCUCAAAGAGAUCACCUCAGGGGACUUUUCAGCGCUGACCCAGCUGCAGAGCAUGGACCUGGGCUACAACAACAUCUCACACAUCGCGGCGGAUGCCUUCGCCUCCAACGUCCUGCUGGAGGAACUCAGCCUAUUCAACAACUCCCUGCGCCGGAUCCCCUCGCCGGCCCUGAAGCCUCUGAGGAAACUGAGGCGGCUGGAGAUGUCCAACAACUUGUACCUCAGCUCAACUCUGGACAAGGUCUUCAGCACUCUGAGGAACCUGCAGGAGUUCUCCAUGGGCGGGUCUCUGAUCCAGACGGUCGGCAAGCGGGACUUCCUCCCGCUGAAGGAUAUAGCCUUGCAGAAGUUUGCCCUGAAGACGGCGUCCAGCCUACUGGAGUAUCAAAAAGGGGCAUUCUCGGUGCUCAACACCACAGCCCUGUGGUGCGACAUAGCCCUGGACAAGAAUCCCAAGGCCUUGCCCGUGAUUCUGCGGGACCUGAGGGGUAAGCCGCUGCAGUAUCUCCGCUUCCGCAACCUCUUUGAGUUCACCUACUACACUGAGUCCGCAGAUGUCUUCUCUGGCUUGGCCGAGGUGCGAGCCAGCAAGCUGGUCUUCUACCGGGGGAAGUUCAACGAGAACCUGCUACGCCUGGCCCUGCUGAACAUCCAGAAGUCCCGCAUCCGCGACCUCUCCCUGAUGGCCAUUGACUUCGCCCGCUCUUCCCCGGGGAACCGCUCGGAAGCGGGCAUCGCCAACCUGACCCUGGACAGCUUGUUGCUGCAGGACAUCAGCAACCCCGACAUCCUGCGUUUCGACUGGACCUUCACCUGGUUCAGCGGUGUGGCCAACCUCUCCAUUCUCAACGUCAACUUCAACUUCGUGCCCUGCGACACCUGGGACGAGAUGCGCAACGUGGUGACCCUGGACGUCUCUAACAACCGGCUGAAGGACGCCUACAUCUACAACCAGGGCUGCAACUACCAGGGCGUCAUGCCCAAACUGGAGCGGUUCCUCGUGGCCAAAAACGAGCUGACCAGCCUGGGCAUAGUGGCUAAGUUCACGGCCAGUUGGCCUCGCCUGACCCAUAUCAACGCCAGCCACAACCACAUCGGGGGGCUGAAGGAGACGGCGUGCCAGUGGAGUCCCGGCCUGGUCUGGCUGGCCCUGGACCACAACACUGUUACCAUGGAGAUCUUCAAGUGCCUGCCCAUCACUCUUCACUACCUGGACCUCUCUUACUCCGAGCUGGACCGGCUGGAGAUGAGCUACUUUGUCCGCUGCCAAGACCUCCAGGAGCUGAAGCUUAGUGGGAACAAGAUUAAGUUCAUUCCCUCAGAGUGGAGAUGCCCCAGCCUGCGAAUACUGGCCAUGGAUGGCAACUCCUUUGGUGUCAUCAGCAAGGGCUCCUUCGUCAACAUGCCAGAGCUGACCAGCCUCAAGGCUGGGAACAACCCCUACCACUGCACCUGCGACCUCUACGGCUUCCUGCAGGAGACUCGGAGGAAGGGUAAGCUAACCCUGCUGGACUGGCCCGGGGACUGGACGUGCUACCACCCGGAGUCCCUGCUGGACAUGGGCGUGGCUGCCUACACCCCGGGGCUGACGGAGUGCGACGUGAGGGUGGUGGUGGCCAUCUCUGUCUCAGUCACGGCCGCUGUGAUCAUUGCAACCAUGGUGCUGUGCUGGAGGUUCGACGUGUUGUGGUAUCUGCAAGCUACCUACCGCAUCGUCCGGUCGAAGUACCGUGCCCGCCACGCUCACCCCGCUCGGGCCUACGCCUACCACGCCUUCAUCUCCUACAGCUGCUCAGAUGCCGACUGGGUGAGGCAGGAGCUGCUCCGGCGGCUGGAGAGCUCCAGCCCCCCGUACCGCAUCUGCAUCCACGAGAGGGACUUCACGCCAGGCAAGUGGAUCAUCGACAACAUCAUCGAAAACAUCGAGAACAGCUACAAGGUCAUCUUCAUCCUCUCCCGCAGCUUCGUUGACAGCGAGUGGUGCAACUACGAGCUCUACUUCGCCCACCAGCGGGCCGUCGGGCUGGGCUACGAGGACGUCAUCCUCGUGGUGAAGGAGGCCAUCGAUCCCCAGAGCCUGCCCAACAAGUUCUGCAAGCUCCGGAAGAUGCUGAGCACCAAAACCUACCUGGAAUGGCCUUCGGAGCCCAGCCGGCAGCCUUUCUUCUGGAUACAGCUCAGGAAUGUGCUGGGGAAACCGGGAGCAGCCGAGCCCAGCCAGGAUCGGGUCUCUCUGGCCAGCGUGGAGUUGGGCUCAGAUGCGGUUGUGGGUAGUCCGGCUGAAGAGGAAACUGCCAUCGACGCCGUGGCUGGCCCUGCGAGUUAGCGCUCGCUUGGGCUCCAGCUCCGCGCUGCCUCUGCUCCUGAUUUACACGCCUCGCACAGUGCAUUGUGCGUUCGCACGCCGACAUCCUGCUUUGCAGAUGUGGUGGGAAGAACAUUGCUCCAGGUCUUAGCUGCUAAACUCCAGACCCAGAUUUUUUGGAAGGGAGCAAUGAUCUUAUUGGCCCAACUUGAGACCCCUCUUAAAGGGGCCUCCUUGUUAGAGAGUGCUGAGCACCUGCCUUCUGAAAGUUGGAGGCACUUGAAAAUCAAGGCACCUAAGUACUACCUAAUGCGUCGUAUUUACCCACCAGCCAAUGGGACCCCCUAUGCUCCUGGACUGGGAGUAAGGAGCCCCCCUAUUCCAGGUCAAACUCUGAGAACAAAGCCACUGCUUGAUCCUGCCACCUCUUGUUUCUCCUGAAGGUUUAACCAGCGACAGUAUUGCCAGGCAAGUCGUAAUGGAAGGAUACAACUUUGCUAGGGCUCGUGCACUUUAGCGUCUGAGUAAAAUUCAUCCCUUUGCCGCACAAGCCGCUUACGUCCCAGCUGUUACCCGCUCGAGGACGUCAGUGUGCUGACCCUUUGCCGGAGUGAGCGGCACCCUCUGCGUAGGAGACGUUGACUGAAGUUUCUACGCUCCAGUUGUCUAGAACCGUGGCUGUCGGGAUCAGUCCCCACAGCAGCCAUCACCUGAGCUCUCUGCAUUUCUGACCACUACAAGUGACCGAGAUAGGUCCCUUUAUCUGCUCCAGGUGUGCCUGUGCCACAAAUCUGCUUAUUUUACUGACCUCCAACUCUCAGCUGCAUCGGCUCCGGCUGGGUUACGGCACUCCGAGCUGGAGUCUCGUACCAUGGACAAAACUGCCGGCAGAGUUCCGGUGGCAAACUCGUCCAUCUCCCCAGUGAUGUGGCUGGAUAGAUGAGGUCCCUAGUGGGGAGGGGAAGGGAGGAUUUGUGCUUGAAACUGCAAACUGAGCCCGUCGGAGCGGGAUUCGUGGAGCCAGAGGGGGGGAGAACGUAUUUCUGUUGUGUUUCUUUUAGGGCAGUCGAUUUUAAUCGCCAUUAACGCAGUCCAAAAAAAUUAAUCGUGAUUUAAAAAAUGAGUCACAGGUUUAAUUGCACCGUUAAACACUAGAAUCCCAAUUGAAAUGUAUUAAAUGUUUUGGUUUCAGAGUAGCGGCCGUGUUAGUCUGUAUCCGCAAAAAGAACAGGAGUCCUUGUGGCACCUUAGAGACUAACACAUUUAUUUUGGAUGUUUUCUACUUUUUUAAAUACAUUGAUUUCAAUUACAACACAGAAAACAAAAUGUACAGGCCUCACUUCAUAUUAUUUUUAUUACAAAUAUCCCAAACCAACGAUAUAAAUAGUAUUCUAGUAUUGUUUACCAGCGCAAUUCAUUUUUUAAUCGCUUGGCAGCCUUAGUUUACGUCAUGUAUUUAUGCCGUAUUUUUAACCGCAAGGGCCCGUUGGAGGUGACUUGUUUCAUUUCGGCCCACCGAGUCGACGCUGCAGGACUAAUCCGCCCUGCCCCUUUGGGGAUCUUUGCCACGGGGUCGAGUCGUCUCCUGGGAGCCUUGCCGCCGUUGCAUCGCGACUCGUGGAAAGCAGAGGGGUUCCCGUAGCGCGAUCCUGCAUGACUGAGCUCCUGAGGAGAUAGGCCAGUCCCUCUGAAAUGUAGGGCAGAGGGCCCAGUCGAAUGGGGCUGCUGGGAAUAUACCUGGGAAGUCAGUUCUGAUCCCGUGGGGGAGGCAGGGGUCUCUCUUCCAAGUUACACUCAGAAUCUGAAAUCGAGGUUCUGUCUCCCUACCCCCUCAUUGACUUCAUUAGAGGUUGGCCUCCCUACAAGACGCUGCGCUGUCUAAAGCGGGAAGCCUGACUCCAGAGUUCUGUUUGUGGGUCUGAUCCUCUCUGGGUGCUUCUGUUUCCCCAUUUUUACAGAUGCGGGGGGGGCGAGGAGGGGGCGGAAUAACUACUUGUGAGAACAAGUGUAUAUAAGGUGCUAAUGCUUCAAACCAGCUGUCCCCGUGUUCAGGCUGCCUCUGACUUCAGAUACUUUCUCCCUUGCUUGAAUGCACCUUCUUUAAAAAUGAAGUCAUUGUGGGGUUUUGUGGGCUUGUUUUUUUCAAUGUAAAGGUCUCAAAAGGCCGACGGGGCUCGGAGCCUGGCUCCACGCAGGAGCCUCCCUCCGUUGUCUGGGCCAACAAACGUAGGCACCGGCCUUCGAAGUGACGUACAGCAUGUUGCUGACUUUUUAUAUUUAAUAAAAGAGUGGUGGCUUUUCCCUA